AUGUCGUCUCCCGCUGUAUUUGCUGCCCGCCGGGUGCUUGCUGCUGCGUCACACGCAAGCCAUGAGGGAGGAGCAAGAACCUGGAAGAUCCUGACGAUCGUUCUUGCCAUCCCAGGCGUUGGUGUCUGUAUGGCCAAUGCCUACAUGAAGGCACAGGCCCAUUCCCAUGAAAACCCUGAGUUUGUGCCAUAUUCACACCUGCGUAUCCGCACCAAGAGAUUCCCCUGGGGUGACGGAAACCAUACUUUGUUCCACAACCCUCACACCAACGCUCUUCCCGACGGCUACGAGGGCUCUGAUCACUGAGAUGAUUGCUCUUCAUUUCACCUGCAUGCCUCAAACUACAGUACAGCCUGCUUUAAAUAUGCCAACCAAAGGGGUACCUGCACUCCCAUCAGCAAAAGCAGCAGUAAUAAAACAUCUUUAUGCUAGAAUUAUAUGGGAGCA